AUGUAUGAGGUUUACCACCUAAAAAAGCCUGGUAGUGUCAGAGUCGUUACCGUUCGUUUACAAGGCCCGUACUUGUGUAACAGCCUGCUUGGUGUCUUACUUAGAUUCCGUAGAGAAAGAGUUGUAGUCACCAUGGACGUGGAGCAGAUGUUUCAAAAUUUCAAGACUCCGAAGGAACAUCAGCGUCUUGAGGGUUUUUUUUUUUGGCACCAGAACAAUGAUAUGAACUUACCAUUAGUUGAUUAUCAAAUGACUAUUCAUGUAUUUGGGAGCACCGCAUUGCCAGCUGUCGCGACUUAUGGGCUCCGCAAAGCUAUAGAAAAUUCGGACGAUGAUGUGAAGAAACUCGUUAACAACAACUUCAACGUUGACGAUGGACUGCUGUCUGUGCAAACAGAGGACCAAGCAAGUGACAUUGUACUCCGAAUUAAACAAACAUUGAUGGAUGGUUGCAACAUCAGACUACACAAGUUCGCUUCAAAUAGCAGAGCAGUGCUGGAUCCAUCCCCUCAAAGUGAUUUAGCCUCAAAUCUGAAAGAUUUGGGAAUUGCUACCUUACCAAUGCAGCGCAGUUUAGGGUUUCUAUGGAACACUGAUAUGGACAGAUUUGCUUUUAAAGUGAUACUAACAGAGAGAGUUUAA